CGUUUUGUUUAACCGCUGUACGCUCAGUCCAAUGCCUGAACCAGCUAAGUCCGCCCCGGCCCCGAAGAAGGGCUCCAAGAAGGCGGUGACCAAGGCGCAGAAGAAGGACGGCAAGAAGCGCAAGCGCAGCCGCAAGGAGAGCUACUCGGUGUACGUGUACAAGGUGCUGAAGCAGGUGCACCCCGACACCGGCAUCUCGUCUAAGGCCAUGGGCAUCAUGAACUCGUUCGUCAACGACAUCUUCGAGCGCAUCGCGGGCGAGGCGUCCCGCCUGGCGCAUUACAACAAGCGCUCGACCAUCACGUCCCGGGAGAUCCAGACGGCCGUGCGCCUGUUGCUGCCUGGGGAGCUGGCCAAGCACGCCGUGUCCGAGGGCACCAAGGCCGUCACCAAGUACACCAGCUCUAAGGAAGUCUGCGGCCUCUGAUGACGGGAAGCCAUAUUAAAGGCAUGCCUGGUUUGGGUGCUGUGUUGGACCAGCUGCAGUAAAUUCAGGAAGAUCUACCGUUAGCACCUUUGCUCAAGAGUAAGGACUUGCAGAGUGCAUCACAAGAACAAAACAUGUGUGGCCAGGUUACCUCUUAAGGCUAACUUUGAGAUUUGCUUACUCAAAGCAGCCAUCAUUCUUCACUCUGACAUUUAUCCCGCACACUGCUCUCGGGUGCCUCAUAGGUACUAAGAAAUGUACCUGCAAUGGGGGAAAGUCCCAGCUUCUUCCAAAGAAACGGUUAAGAAAAUAUGGACUCUAAAACGAAACUGGGAAGCUAGCAAAAUGGAGUCGGCUGAACGGGGCGGAUGGUAUAGCCUGGAGGGGAGGGGUGCUCUAGGUCGAGGGAGUGCCCGGGACUUAGAAAUCCUCUAGCAUGGCUGGAGGCUGGGAUGGCCAGAGAUGAAUGUGGAAAGAUAAGUAGAAGGUGGGGCAGUGAACCUUACGAUACUGAGGAGCUUUGUACACCUUGAGAAGAAAUAUAAAGAUUUAUCUAGUAGAGGAAGGCAGGAUCUGCAGAAUUUUAAAAUCUUGUAAAAUGUAUGAUUCAGAAUCAUUAUUCUGGCGGCCCAGUUGAGAACGGAUGGAAAGGGGGGUGAGAUCCAGGUGAAAAGUUUGGAAAUACCAGCCGGGAGCGGGGUUCUGAACUGAGGAGGAGGCAGGAAGAGGAGGAGAGGGAGAAGGGGGAAAAUGAAGCCGAAUGGUGAGGCCUUGCUGCGGACUGGCAGCAGGGGAAGGGGAAGGAGGACAGGUUGGAAUGUCUUGCUUUCAGCUUGUGCCACAUCACUACUCAAGAAAGGGGUUUCAGAAAGUGGGCUUGGGAGGAAAGGAGACCUGCCACGUUCAUUCUGACUCGAUGCCCCAAAGCACCUAGGCAUAGAUUGAAUAUCUAAAGCCUAAAAGAGUUUGAGAAAACUGCCGAAGCAGGAAGGUCCCUUGGACCGCCCCCCUCCCUGCUCCACCCUUCCCUGAAAGCAGGAGAUAAACCUGCCCUGGGACAGGCACCCACCCUGUACCCUGAGGGAAGGAGGCCUUCUUAUCACCAGAAGGAAUUUGGGGCUGAAAGGCCACAAGAAAAAACCUUAUUUCUUCAACUUACUACCCUAAGCCCAAACCUCGUUGUCUUGUCAAUUUUUCACAAAUUUAUCUUUUCUAAAAAUAUGAAAUCUCCCUGACUAGUUGCUUCGGGACUUCCUUCUUGUGUGAGGGCUGCCAUGUAACAUGUAAAAAUUCAACAAAACGUGUAUGCUUUUUUCCUGUCAGUUUAAUUCUUAGGCAGAAAUCCAAAGAGGACAGAGAAGUUUUCAUUCCCUUACAUUUCAUUCAACAAAUACUCAUUGCCCCUCUACCGUGAGCCAGACACUACUUUAACGUAACGUUAUGACAGUGAAGGGGUUCAGAACAAGUCUCCCCCAAAUGCCAUGGACACAUGGACUAUUUUGAACUAAAGUCAACUGAGAAUACCACGGGUCAAGGGAAACUUUUGCCCUCCCCCUAACUGCCUUAAAGAAUUUAGGUAAGGGGUUGAUAACACAGAGAGAGAGAGAGAGAGCGCGCGCGCUAUUAUCAGACAUAAUUUUUUAAUGUGAAAGACUCAGCUUGGCAGGGCGGACAUGUGAUUAUGCAACUCUUGCUGUGGAUUGGCCUCCUCUCCAUAACCCCAGGCCCCUCUCCCAUUCCUUAGCUGGGGAUGUCCUAGAAGCCUUAAUUGCCUGACUGCCUUUAAGUCUUAUUUUUUACAGGGCUUCUGUACUUUCGAAAUUAAAUCUGUUUUUCUCCUGUUA